AUGCUAAGGCGGGUGGUGGGGCCGGAAAGUGGGUUGUCAGACCGCUGGGCCAGCCGCAAGAGCCGUGAUACGGCAGUCCCCAGUUGGUCCCGCACAGAAGGCGUGCAGCGCCGAGAGGGAUCCGUGGCCCAAGAGCGAUCGGCAUUGAGGGCGGCCAGAUCUGGGACAGAGGCUGGGAUAGAGGCUGGGAUGGGAGCCCUUCGUGGCGUUGGCCCUGCCGUCGGGAUGCAGUCGGAGAAACCUGAUGGAGUUAAUGGCCACGCGCCCGAACUUGAGGUCAGCCAAGAAGCAGAGACCUUGGGACGUACAUGGAAAGGAACCGUUUUGUCAGCUCCCACAUGGAAAUUUGGCACAAAAAGUUGCAAUGAGGCUCAAGACCUGGGCAGAAUGGAAUCCGUCGGGUGA